ACAGUUCUGCAAAUCCAAACAUUUCCUAAGUUCCUCUUCCUUCAAGAAGAUUCAUUUCCACAGAGAUACAAGAAAUGGCAUCUUUCAACAAAUUUAAAAAUGUGCUAAUGCUGGCGUUUGACUGGAUCCUGUUUGGUGCUGCAGGUGUUGCAGGUCACUGCCAAGUCACUGUGGCCCAGCCCAGGUUUCAGCAGGCUGACUCCUCCAUGAACGUGUCCCUACCCUGCUCCUUCUCUGCCUCUGGAUGCUCCUCACCCCAACCCGAAGUUCUGUGGUUUCGCUUUUUAACUAGUACACAUCAGGGUUUGUGUACUCCUGGCUGCACAGAUCAGAAGUACAAAGUACAUUCAGCAGGAAAUAACAUCUCACUUCAGAUAAAAGAUCUGACUGAAGAUGACAGCGCUGUUUAUAUCUGUGGAAUAGCAUUUUCAGACUCGUCACCCCUUUCUAAACAAACAGGAGAUGGAACAGUACUAACAGUAACAGGAUCAGGAAAGCAGCUCAGCCAUGGAAAACUCAUCUCCAUGAUCAUUGCUUCAACCUUACUGUUCCUGUACAGCUCUGCUGUGCUCAUUUCCUUUGUGGUCUACAAGCUAAAACCAAAGCUGCAAAAGAAAAGUGGGAAAGACCAAACAACAGAGAACUGUAAAAUAAAUAGCGGCCGAAAAAUUUUUCAAGCAAUUGCUCAAGAGCUUCAAAAGCAGAGAUAUGCUCAACACCAACAACAGCCUGAGGAUUUGGAAGAUGACACUGUUUAUCAGAACAGAUGAGCACAUGCAGCACUUGAGAUUUGUUCAACAGUUCUCCUGCAUGCAAAGGAGCAGGUGAGGAAGUUAAGCUUCUUCACAGACUUCUUUGCUUGGAAGGAAGAGGAGAAAACCCUGCAGGGCAGUGUUCUUCAGGAGUAUUUUCUAAACAGAUCACCAGAACCAAGGGCAUUGUACCUUACAUCUGUGUUACAAAUUCCAUUUUCCAUUUCCAAGAACCCUGGGAAAAGACUUCAUCUUUGUAAGAUAACUGCUGAUGCUUUAUUUUUAGUUUAGAUUUAAUUCUCUUUUUUCUUCUCUUUACAUAAACUUUUAUGUAUUCCUGUUACAUAAAAUAGGAUGUGAAAGAUGUUUGACAAUUGACAGCAACAGAAAAUAAACUCAUUUCAUGGGUGAAAUUCUGGAUCUGCUCAUGUUGAUGGGGUAGUUAUUGAUGUAACAUUUACAGACCAACAGUAAAUGAGCCUUGGAAGAGUUCAAACAGAGCAAAACCUGUGUGUUAGACAGGCAAGCAGAAAGCACUGACAAUAUAAACACACACACUAUCCUGGAAAAGCUCAUUUGGGAUGGGAGCAUCUUCCAAACCUAUUUGGGAAAGUAACUGUCCUUGUGAAAACAUUUGUCCUCCAAGAUUAAAAUUCACCUGCUAGGCUGACAACCCCCAUCUCCCAGUCCCAGCAUCCCAAGUCAGGAACACCUGGAGCACCACGUUUUGCCUUUACAGACCUGUUCAACAUGGACACAAGCACAAAAAAGAACCACACUAUCCAGUAUACUUGUUAAGUACCUUUUCCAGCAGUUACUAUCCUAGCCAAUCUGC